AUGUCGCUCAACCAGGACCGAAACAUGGAGGAGCUACGCAAAUGGCGCAAGAAACCCCUCUUCGGAUUCUACGCACGACCCAGUCGAAACCGUCAGGGUGUCCGAAACAUGAAGAAAUGGGAGUGUGGAAUUCCAGGCAAGGCGGGCCUCAUGUGGGAGGGAGGCCUUUUUAAGAUGAUGAUGGUAUUUCCUGAUGAGUACCCAAGCAAGCCCCCGAAGUGCCAAUUCAAUCCUCCACUAUUCCAUCCCAACAUCUUCCCAAGCGGGACCGUCUGCCUUUCGGUCUUGUCGGUCAAAGAGAUUCUGCUCGGGGUGCAGGAGCUGCUGGAUAACCCGAACCCCGAGUCGCUGGCGCAAAGCAACCCAUACCAUCGGUUGAAGAAGGAUCCAGAGCGGUAUCGGAAGAAGAUUCGCAAAGACGUCAGGGAGAACCCGUUCAAUCGUGAUUGA